CUCAGGUUCAACUUUGGUAUCAGAAGAAAUGUUCCUGAAAGGAAAGUGAAUAGCUGUUUCAUUUCCAUAUAGAUGACCAUGCAGCCUGCAAUUCAAGUGUGGUUUGGAGAAGAUCUGCCUCUAAGUCCACGGAGUCCUCUGACCCCCAGACAUGGACCAGGGUUGGCUGAUGUUUGUCAGUAUGAUGAGUGGAUAGCUGUGAGGCAUGAAGCUACUCUGUUGCCUAUGCAAGAAGAUCUGUCUAUCUGGUUAUCUGGUCUAUUAGGUAUUGAAGUUAAGGCAGAAAGACUAUUGGAAGAACUUGAUAAUGGAGUGCUCUUAUGCCAAUUGAUUGAUGUUCUUCAAAAUAUGGUGAAAGCAUGCAACUCUGAAGAAUCAGGGAAUUUUCCAAUGAGAAAAGUGCCUUGUAAGAAAGAUGCUGCAUCAGGUUCAUUCUUUGCCAGAGACAAUACUGCCAAUUUUCUUCACUGGUGUAGAGACAUUGGGGUUGAUGAAACUUACCUCUUUGAAUCUGAAGGUUUAGUUUUACACAAAGAUCCAAGACAAGUAUAUCUUUGUCUGCUUGAAAUUGGCCGCAUUGUGUCAAGAUAUGGGGUUGAGCCACCAGUGUUAGUAAAACUUGAGAAAGAAAUUGAGUUAGAAGAGACCUUGCUUAAUACUUCUGGACCUGAAGAUUCUAUCAACAUACCAAAAUCUUGCUGUCAGCAUGAAGAGCUACAUGAAGCUGUUAAACAUAUUGCUGAAGAUCCUCCUUGUAGUUGUUCCCAUCGAUUUUCUAUUGAGUAUUUAUCUGAAGGACGAUACCGACUAGGGGAUAAAAUACUCUUCAUAAGGAUGCUUCAUGGAAAACAUGUCAUGGUCCGUGUUGGAGGAGGCUGGGAUACUCUUCAAGGAUUUUUGCUUAAAUAUGAUCCAUGUCGAACAUUACAGUUUGCUACACUAGAACAAAAAAUUCUAGCAUUUCAAAAAGGAAUUUCUAAUGAAAGUAUACCUGAUUCACCCAGCAGAACACCUCAACUUCCUGAAAUGAAUCCUUUGUCAGCAGUUAACAUGUUUCAGAAACAAAACUUAAAGCCUAGCACGCCAGUUGGUAUUCCAAGGAGCAAGGAAAAGCAGGUUCACCCAACAGGUGUAUUGCUGCCUGCUUCUUCAUUAAAAGGUAAUACAGGCUCCAUGUCAGUCCGUUCAAAAUUUCCAGAUUCUUCAGCAUCUUCUCAUCUCAAGCUCAAGUCUUCAAAGGGUGUAACAAAGAAACCACUUGCUCCUUCAAACAAUGUUUCAUCUUCCCUUGCUUCUUUAAAUCCUGUAGUUAAAAACACUUCUUCACCACCUUUAUCAAGAACUGGACCUUGUGUAUCUGAGUCAGUGAGAAAAUGUGUCACAUCCCCCAAUACUCUUAAGGUCAAGGCUCUUCCAGGCCAGAAAUCUACAGGUGUGCUUGARCCUAAACUUUUGCCAAAUAAGUGUUCUGGAAAAACUCAAUCAAGGUACUUGAAACACAGUCACAUUUCUUCUAGGGACGAUGCAUUAUUUCACUCACCUGCACUUGUAAGUUCAUCAAAGUGUCCACAGUUACCAAAAGCAAAUAUACAGGUAAGGCCUAAACCUUMUCCUUCUUUUCAGUCCCCUAGAAAAAUGGCAAAACCCAGUUCUAAAACCACAGCUACAGAUCUAGGAACACAGACUCAAGCAUCUAAUGGAAGCCUACAAACAGGGGCAAUCCCAGCACAGAAACUUAAAUCUGCCUUGAAUUUAAAUCAACCAGUUUCUGUAUCUUCAGUUUGUCCUGCAAAAGCUGCACAAGAAUUGAAAGAUAAGAAGAUAGUUUCAGGUGCCAAAAAGCAGCCUCAGAAUAAAAGUACAUGCCAGAAGACAGGAUCCAGCUCCUCAAAGUCUCCUGGUCGUACCCCACUGUCCAUUGUGAGUCUUCCCCAGUCUGCUGCCAAAACACAAACUGCACCAAAGUUAGCACACCCUGCCCCUAAGGGCCAGUAUUCAGCUAAAGGGCCUCCAAAGAGUGGCAAACCCCAAGCUUCAACCAGGAAACCACCCUCAUCUGGUAAGGGAACAGAUAGUGGAGAAAAAAAACCUACUGCAAAGAAAAAGGAGGAUGAUGACCAUUAUUUUGUUAUGACUGGAAGUAAGAAACCUAGAAAAUAAAUACAUGUGGGUCACUUUAAGAAGUCAGAAGAAAGGAGCAAAAUGAAUGAGUUAGCUUCAAAUCUUAAAGGUUUUUCCUGUUUGUGUUUGUUCAAAUAGGUGCAGACAUUAAAUAUAAGAAGG